UAACAGCACAACACCAUUGGCUGCUGCAAGAGUGUUGGCAGAAUAUAUUGAAGACAAGAGUGCACCAGUCCUGGACCUUGCUGCUGGGACUGGUAUUGUUGGAGGAGAGUUGAAGAGGUUGGGGUUCACUCACAUAGACGCCUUGGAUGCCAGUCAAGCAAUGUUGGACAAGGCCGUAGAGAAAAAUGUCUAUAAGAGGCUAAUAUGUGACUACAUGGGACCAAACGUAUUGGAUAUCAAAGACGAUACGUAUGGGGGUGCUGUAGCAACUGGUUGUUUUGUAACUGGCCAUGCCAGACAGGACUGCUUCUUAGAAAUCAUAAGAGUCCUUAAGCCAGGUGGCGUACUGAUUAUCCAGCUAAACAAGGCUGGUCUGGCUAAACCCUAUUUGGCUGGGUUUGAGGACACCUUAAAAGCUCACGAAGAUGACAAAUUAUGGACAUUGCUGAAAAAAGAAUUUAUUCCUUAUGUACUAGGAAACAACGAUGGUUUGAGAUACGUUUACAAAAAAAAUUAGAUGAGAAUUCUCUACGGCCUAGACAAUUUGAAUCAAAUUUGAACUCUGUUAUCAAAAGCAUAUAUUUAUAAUUGAAACAUUUAAAACCACGUUGCAAAAGCAGACAACACAACUGUUAGUUUUAGUAACCAAUUUGAUUCAAUGAAUUGGAUCAUGGAAAACGUUGAAUGGAACUCAAUGUUACAAAACAUACAUAUAAUAGUAUAAUAUAUGUAUUAUAUAAUAUAAUUUAAACAUAUAAAACAUAUGUUAGAAAUGUAGACAACAGAACUGUAAGUUAUAGUAAUCGAGGAGGUUACAAUAAAUUAGAUACGAAAUAAAUUAGAUAAAGUCUGUGAAAGUACUCUACCAAUGAUGGCCUGUGACGUCUAUUAAAACAUUCCCCGAUGCAGGGAAAUCGUGAUUUUUAGUCCAUGAUGGCACAAAAAUUAGAAUGAUCCGAAAAGUAUCUCACAGAAAUGACAAGGGGAUGAAAAGGAGCGACACGUUUUGCAAACUCAUCAACGUAAUUUUUCCGGGUUUGGCAUUUUUCCGUGCUGUAAAAAUAAAAUUUGUGUUUUUCGUCAAUUUUUCCGGGUUUUUAAAUGUGUCGCUAGGUAAAAUUCCGGGUUACCCGGAUAAAAUUCCGUGCAGUGACAAGUAUUUCAUUCUUUACUAGAGAAUUCUCAUGUAGAGAGAGGUUUAGCU